AUGCGGAGCGUGACUUUAUCUCGAACUCCAGCGCCACUGGAACGAGCCUCUGUCCUAAACACUCCACCUUUUCCUCAAGUACCUACUAUCCGGCUUACGACGGCAACUCCUUUGUCCACAGAUUCACAACUCGCCGACGUUCCCUCGGAAACGACAAUAUUAGCCCCCAAGUUGCAAGCAACCUCGCGGAAGCGCCUCGUUCCGAAGAAAUCGAAACUCAGCCUACUAGGAGGGGGCAAAAAGGAGAAAGGCAAGGACUUUAGUGACAUUGAGCGUCGCGUGGGCGCGGCUUCUCCCACUAUGGGCAGAAGUUUCGACAUAUAUGUAGAUCCUGCAGAUGAUCCCGAUAUCGGCGAGAUAGUCGUUUUGAAGAAAAAGAAGUCUCGCGCAGGUCUCGACGAUCUCUACUGGGGUGCUCUAGGCGACGUGACCAACACUGGCAAGCGUCCGAUAUCAGACAAAUUGACGCGGGUAAAUAAACCUGCCACAGCAGAGUCAUUACCCAAGGCGACGGAUGACGAGAAGGAGAAGUGGUGGACAAUUGGACGCGGGAGGAAGGAUACUAAGGAGAAGUCAAAAGACAAAGUUAAGACGAAGUCCAAGGAGAGACUGAAGGAGGCAUCAAAGGAGAACUCCAACAUCAAUACGAAGGGUAGCGCGCGACGAGUCACCAAAUCGCGCAAAUCAUUGCCUCAAGAGCAGACAAAAAACUCGGAGACGAGGCAACGCUCACAAUCCCUCGAUGCUGGAAUGAUUUUUGCAUCUACACCAGAUUCAUUUGCCACGAAGUUCAUCUCGGUUCCAAUGCCUAAUGAUGAUGAUGACGACCGCGAGCCACCUCGUCGCGGCCAUGUUCGAACUAAUACGUCCCCGAGUCUUUAUGGGGCACGUCCAACUACACCAGAAGGAAUUGCAGCCGUGACUCAGCCUUCCGAGGAUAAGGAGCGACCAAGGACUGGCUCGAUUGCCUUACGUGCAAUGCGUUCAGUGCGCUCUCUUGCGCGUAUCAGUAGCUGGGCGCAGCUCAAGAAUACGCCUCCGGAUGAUGGCGAGCAAUCGACCGAGAAACCUGUUACUAAGACCGGGAAUAAAGACGUGAAGAGAGAGAGGAAGAAGAGCCAUCAGAACUCCAGGAGCAGUUUUGAAGCGCUCAAGAGUACUUUCGGUUCUGUCCGGAAGAGCAUAGAUCUGACAGGGACGAUUCGUUCGGUUUCUUCUCAAGCGACGGCGGUUUCAUCAUCGUCCGAUGCAACAAUACGUCACAGAAGGAGGGAAUCCGGUGCAUCAGUGUCCACCAUUCGAUACGAUAGCUCGGUGACGACCCGGGUCGAGCCAAUCAUCGGACGGGUUUCAAAAAGUUCGGGUGCAUCAACAAUUCGCUGGAAUGACCAGGUUGAUACAACGGGAGAACGUCAUUCACCGGGCUCUGAGGAAUCUGCAUCGUCGAGCAUGUCGGAUAGUCGCCGUGAAAGUAAGAAGCGAUUGCCUGAAGGACGAAGGCGACCUGGACUGGCCUCGCUUUUCCCGGAUCUCAAGCGGGACAUCUCCAAAGCAGCAGAUGUCCAAGAAAAGGCUGCUUUCCCCCUAGUUGCGCCACUGUCGGACAGCGCUGAAAGGGAGUCGGAAACUUCAACGACGUUGCUUGACAUUACCAGUGUCACUUCUCUAGAUACACCGUCAAGAAGGGUUCGUCCACGGCCGCUGUCUGAGCAGUUGCUUGGGCGUGAGCGGCCAAAAGGUAUCAUAGGGGAUAAGGACACGGGCGUUAUUCGAAUUCUGGAUGAUGUGACGACCAACCUAGCCUGUCUCAUUAACCGGCUCGAUCUAGAAGCCACUCCAACUUCGUCUCCGGUCAUUGAAUCUCCGAGAAGCACGCUUACUGAACGAUCCCGAAGCAACAGUGCGGUCACUGAAAGCCCUGCAAAGAAGGCCGCUAGGCAGCGUUCUAUGGACAAACUGAUCGGUACAUUGAAGUCGUACACACAUCGUGCUAAGAGCGCUUCUACGUCUGCUGCUGAUCUCUUGGGACAACGAAUUGCUCCAUGGAUCGACUCGAACGCGGCGCCAGAGCCAGAGACAACAAAAAGAACGGAACGACAACCCGCCUUCCGGCAUGAACGGAAAGGGACAUGGUCACCUUCGAGUUUCCCGGCUUCCUAUGAGAGUGCUCCUAAAUUAAACCCGCUGCCAGUGCCCUCGCGUUCGCGUUCGAAUCUCAAGGAAUGUACAGACCAAGUACAGAGUAAACCAUCUUUGAACAAUGUCGAGGUCGAGGCAAAUAUGCCAAGCUCCUUUGCUACAUUCGGCAAGAGGAGGUCAAAUGGCUCCGACAGGUCGAUGACUUCGACGAAGACGGCGAAAUAUCAAAAACGUGGUGGACGUGGCUCCUCUAUUUCUCAGAACGCCUUUAACAUGUCCUGCGAGAACGACGUCUUUGCUGACAUCUCAGCAGGGUAUACAAGCGGCAAACGAAGUACUCUCGGCUCACUAGGCUCUCAGUCAAUUGCUUUGGACCCGAGCGAUCCGAAUUACGAUAUUCCCAGAGAACUUCGGAUAUUGCUGGACAAUGGCUCAGAUCGAGACACGUCGUACUCACUCAGUGCCGAUCGAGGAUUCAUGGCCGAUCAUGAUGCGUUCAUGUGUCCUUUACCUCCAUCCCCUGGCACUCCUCCCAAUAUGCCCCUUCCUCCAGUCGAAUCUUCUGAGUCAGUGUCGCAAUCGUCUCCUUCUAGUGAGCUGAAUGAACUUAAUGACGAAGCUUUCAUCGCAUCCGACGACGAGAGCGAAACAAAGAAGUCUUUUGACUUCACCGCCGAGCUAAGGAAGUUGGACUGUUCACGGGCGACGGACAACCAGAGUUUUGCUAUGCAACUCGAGGAGGCCUUCAAGACGCCAAGGAAAUAUUCUCUUCGUGGUCUGGGUCCGAAAUUCGGACUCCAUGUUAAAAAUGUUCCUGACGUGCCUCUUGUUCCGGAGCAAUACCACGUAGCUGCACACGAGGUCGCUCUACCCGGAUCGCCGCCGACUUCAGACCCGUUGGACGAGGAGUGUUUCGAAGACAGCAACUUGACGAGUCACUUAAGCCAGGACGAGUCGCAUGAGGAAGACAUUUGUAUAAGUCGUCCUCUUCACUCGUACCAGCGUGGAGUUUCUUCAAGACCCUCCCAAGGUCGUUUGGAUUUGAAUUUCCAAUUCGGCGGUAAUGCCUCGGCACGGAUAAAGUCAACUCAAUCUUCUAGGGACGGUCUUGCACAGCUGUCUGCCGAAUCCUCAUCGUUACAGAAAUCCUAUACUCAUACGAGAUCAAGCGUAAACUCCGAUUAUUCCACGAAGCUCAGAGCGAUGGUCGACUUCCUUGUACCAUUGUCAAAUGAUGGCCGCAACCAAUCCCGUGCCUCAUUGAACUCGACUACUUCAAGCAGACCAAUGACACUUUCAGACAUAAUUCCACCACCAUCUCACGACAGCCGUAGGAACUCAUACAUGUCCGUCAGCGAGGAGGAGAGCAUAGCUUUGCAAUCGAUAUACGCACAAGCAGAUUCGCUAUCAGAAGUCAGUCUGUCACCAGAGACAGGGGUCGUCCCGACUGGCAAUGCCGGAGGGAGCGACCUGGACCGUCUCGUUGUGCACUCCAGACAGAAUUCCGAUGUUAGUUUCUCAGGUUUGUCCGCUUAUAGCGAGAUACGCCGGGGAUUUGAGUUUGGACCUUCACGCCCUGUAUUCUAUCCACCUCCCGUUCCUGGGUCGAGUAUGGGUAAUUCUUUGCAGGUUCCACAUGCAGACUGGCGUAAUUCACUGCUAAGUCUUGGGUCAGUCUCUUCGUAUGGACGUGUUACCCGUGCUGGGGCGAAGGAUCCUUUCGGCUAUAGUGUUCCUGCACGACCGAUCUCCGAUGACAUGUCAUAUACCGUGGACGAUACGUUUUCGUUCCUUCGUCAUGAUCCCAUGCGCCAAAGAGUCGAUAGCGGUGCAUCUAAUUUCUCUUUCGACUCGAAUUAUUCGCAUCUCAGGCCUGAUGUGCAUCAACGGAGAAGCCGCAGGCAAGUCGAGUCCAUAAUCUCAGUAACCUCAGGCCCUCCUGUAAGCUUGUACAAUCGAGGAUUCAAUGCUGGGCGGACGACUUUAACCUGGCGUCAACGAACCUCUUCAUUCGAAUCUAUUGCGAGCGGAUUUUCUGCACAUCAUUUGGGUCGACCUGGAAUAGGGGAUAAGAUGUUUGAAUCUGCACGUGAACAUGGAAUUCCGCUCGAGGCCAUCUCAGCUUCGCCGUCGCAAUUAGAUUCGAGUAUGAACUGGCAAUCAUCGUUUGACUCCGUUGUGGAUGCAGAUCGUGAUCAGGACUCCCUCAUCGACGAGACAGGACGACGUUCUAUGAUAGGAUCUCGCGAGUCAUUGUUUGGCAACGACAACCAGCAGUUUGAUCUCCGCCCACCUCAGUUCAGGCCUGUUUCAGUUUAUAGCACAUAUAGCCAAGGAAGCCCUAAACGUGAUGAUGACACGAUGAUCUCAAUGCUUGGUGGAGGGUUUGUCCGACGACGUUCGAUUCGCUCGACGCUUGAGGGUUCGCCUUGUGCGCGUGCAGAGAAACGACAGCAGCAGAGGUAUCUAGGACGCAUCCUCACACGUAUCCCGAGUGGAGAAAAUGACGAUGGCAGUCUCAACUCAUCCCAGGCUGAAGUCUGCAUGAUCAGUGAACUCUCACAUCAUGAGCAGGAGACUGAGGCCUUGAGUCGCAGGAGCAGUAAUGAGGCGUCGCCAGAACGUGUACAACCGGACAAGAAGCCAGCCUUCACGUUACUACGAAAUUCCGAAAUAGAAGACCAAAAAUUGGAAGCAACUGCUGAGCAAAUUGUGGACACAUCACGCCUCUCUGCAUAUGAUGCUCAGUUUGGUGACAAUAGAAUGAGCCUCGCACGGAAAGGUCUGCUUGAGCGACAGAGUCUCGAGGACUGCUGCCUCAGUGCGGAGGGUGAAGAUACGACGAAUACCAGGCAAUCUCUCCCUGUAUUCCGCCGGCCAGAGCGUCCUGCUCGUCUGCGUAGUGCUUCAACUGGGCAAGCUAGUUCUAGUGUGGAUACACCACCGCUGUCAACAUCGCGCUCAUCGACACAGUUUACUGGGUCACAACACAGUAUCGACCUCGAUCGCCUGAACGUACUUCUCUCCAACUCGACAAACGUCAUCAGUGACGCGGACAGAGCAAGGCUAAGGAGACGAGGAAGUGGACAUCGCCGCAGAAUUUCCGAGGCACGUGCAUCCCGCACCUCGUCCGUCUACGAGACCAUUGAAGAGGCUCCUGAGAUCUUUGGCUCGAUUUCCAAGGAUUCUCUGGACUUAUCGAUGACUCAAAAUUCGUCUAUGACCGACGUGAGCAAUGUGCGUUGGGAGAAUGAAGACGUUGGUCCUGCGCUGCGGAUGAUUCGUGACCUCCAAGACGAGGCACGAUUGGUCGUUGAUGCAAGUCGAUCUCAGUGGGCAGAUACGGCAUACUCCAUUGAUGCCGUUCAAUCAUUCCAACCACCACGUAACCCAGCAAGCUGGAAAGCUUUACUUGAGCAUUCUCAGAAAAACUAUGGACCUCUGCCCCCGGAGUUGUCGGGUUGCGCUCGACGCGCACGAAAGGCUUCCCGGCCCUCUCCUUAUCCCCGCACUCGUGUUUUUACCAGAAUCCCUGUAUUCCAGAGACCCCCUGCUCCUGCAAAUGUUCUGCUAUCGAACGCAGACAUCACUGAACGGGAUUCAAAACGAUUGCAAGAAUUGACUGUGGAUCCCAAUACCAGGGCAAAUGUCCGCCAAGGGCAAACUGGAGUCGGCUUGGCGAAACCAGUCUUCACUGUGACAAGUGGGGCCAAGAAAAGCACCAGGGGUGCAUCACCCAGAAAAGACGGCACUAUUCGUCCGCUCCGUUCCAGUACAAUUUCCAGCCCUCGCAAGUUGAUGCCAAUCGCUGGAAAGCGUGGGAAUGGCAAGUCUCCGUUGAAGAGCAAGUACGGCAAGGAAAAUAAUGAUCAGCGCGCGUCACUCAGAGCUGAUUCACUUAGAUUCGCUCGACCGCACCCUCACAAUCGAUCAUCCGCAAUCCCUCGGACUUUACGCAUAUAA